CACUGCGCUCCAGAGUACGCUUUCUCCCGGGAAUAUGCAAAUCACUCCUUCCAGCCCUUCCAUUGUCCCGCACUAGGAUUAUGCAAAUAAGAAUGCCUCAGGUCCAGGAUCCAGAUCGAACUGACGACCCCCCCAUUACAUUUUUAUAAAGCUCCUUCCUGCUCCUCACACACGCUCCUGCCGCUUCUAGCUCUACCCGCAGACUAUACCAAGAGAACCUGGCCAGUGAGGGCGAAGCCCGGUACCCCCUGAGCAGGCCUCUCCAACAGCCAGAUCCGGAUAGACCCUCUUCUCACAGUGCGACAGGAAUGGUCCAUUUCGUAGCGCAAGCGCCCUAGGCCCUUCACGCCCCUUGCGCUCCCUCCUACCCCAUUUGCAGCGCAGGCGCAGAGCCUGGGCGUGCAGCCGCCGCCGCCGCCGAGCCCGAGCGGGGGCCACCAGCGCCGUAUCCCUCUCAACCUGCCCACAGUUUGCACUGGAGAAGCACUUGUGGCCAGAGGUGUGGCUGUGGAGAGUUGGCCCAGGAGGGACACUGCCCAGCUGCUGGUCUGCUCCUGUCUCCUGUCCCCUCCCCUGGCCAUGACAGAGACCCGUGAGCCAGCUGAGACCGGGGGCUACGCCAGCUUAGAAGAAGAUGAUGAAGACCUCUCCCCGGGUCCUGAGCAUUCCUCUGACUCCGAGUAUACUCUCUCAGAGCCAGACUCUGAGGAGGAAGAUGACGAAGAGGAGGAGGAAGAGGAGACCACUGACGAUCCUGAAUAUGACCCUGGGUACAAGGUGAAGCAGCGCCUAGGGGGGGGCCGGGGUGGCCCAUCCCGCCGGGCCCCCCGUGCAGCCCAGCCCCCGGGCCCCCCAGCCCAGCCCUGCCAGCUCUGUGGCCGCCCACCCCUUGGGGAGGCCCCACCAGGCACCCCACCUUGCCGGCUCUGCAGCCCUGCUGCAGCCCCCCAGGAAGCGCCAGCCCCUGAAGGCAGGGCCCUUGGGGAGGAAGAGGAAGAGCCACCUCGGGCUGGGGAGGGCCGAGUAGCUGGGAGGGAGGAGGAGGAAGACGAGGAGGAGGAGGAGGGCUCCUACCAGUGUACAGAGUGCGAGGAUUCCUUCGACAACCUCGGGGAGCUUCACGGCCACUUCAUGCUGCAUGCCCGGGGUGAGGUGUAGGCAGAGCCCCCCACCCAGGGCGCUUGGCAGAAGGGGUGGGAUGGGAGGAGGGGGCUAAGGAAACGGGGGUGGCCACACUGGUCAUGGGGGAUGGGGUACCGCCGAUCUGUGUUGUCUUAGCAGUAGAUGUGUGAAGGCAAGAAUAAAAGCCAAAUUCUGUGUGUG